UACAGAGAAGUGUAGAUGCUCUUCAGUGUCAAGUGACUGAAGAAAAUGUCGCAAAUCGUGUUCAAGAUUAAUGGGAAACAACAUCAAGUGGACGGCAAGUUCGGUCCGGACGUGUCCCUGAACGAGUACGUCCGGAAUGUGGCGGAUCUUCGCGGCACGAAGGCUAUGUGUCAGGAAGGUGGCUGCGGCGCCUGCGUGGUGGCCGUACGCGCCGCUAUACCGCCUGCGCAAGAGAUGAAGACGUUUGCUGUCAACUCGUGUCUCGUAUCCGUCUUGUCAUGUCACGGCUGGGAAGUAACCACUGUGGAGGGCAUUGGUAACAGGACCAUGGGUUACCACGACAUUCAGAGCAGACUGGCCAAGUUCAAUGGCACUCAGUGUGGGUACUGCUCUCCUGGUUGGGUCAUGAGUAUGUACAGCUUAGUAGAAUCAAAAAAUAAGGAACUAACUAUGAAGGACAUAGAAAACUCGUUUGCUGCCAAUAUCUGUAGAUGCACAGGAUAUAGACCUAUUGCUGACGCUUUCAAAUCAUUCGCAAAGGACGCCGACGAAAGAUUACUCAACAAGGUAUGCGAUUUGGAAGACCUGGCUAUACUAAAAUCGUGUGGGGUCUCUUGUGCUAAACAAUGUCCACAUAAGAAGAAACAUAUCAGUGAAAUUAAUAAGAAGGUAGAAAAGAAAGAAGACUGGUGCGAAGUGGGAAAAAUCGAUAAUAAGAUGCUAACAAUAGAUUCGGCAAACCAUAAGUGGUCAAAGGUGUUUAAAUUGGAUGAUGCUUUUAAAAGCAUGAACGAGAGCGGAGAUUAUAAGCUGAUAGCUGGUAAUACUGGACAAGGCGUUUACCACGUAACCGAUUACCCGAAAAACAUAAUAGACAUUUUCAACGUGGUUGAACUUAAAGGGCACAUGGUAGAUGUGAAUCUAAUUAUUGGUGCUGGGAUGCCAUUGGCAGAGAUGAUGGACCUGUUUUUGACAAUGAGUGGCGAAAAUGAAGACUUUUCGUAUCUGAAGCAGCUAUAUGACCAUAUGGAUCUUGUGGCACAUAUUCCAGUACGAAACAUUGGAACUAUUGGUGGAAAUUUAUGCCUGAAGCAUGCAAAUAACCAAUUCCAAUCAGACCUGUUCUUGCUGUUCGAAACAGUUGGUGGCAUGGUUACGGUCGCUGAAUCUACGAACAAAAAAACAGUAAUGAGCCUGCCAGAUUUUCUCAAAGUUGACAUGAAAGGCAAAAUUUUAUUUAACGUUAUUUUACCUCCAUUAUCACACUGCUGCAGUGUGAAAACCUACAAGGUCAUGCCCCGUUCACAAAAUGCACACGCAAUAGUCAACGCUGGGUUUUUAUUUUCAUUUCGUCAAAAUUCCCAACUCUUGGACAAGGUCACAAUAGUAUACGGCAGCAUUUCACCAACAUUUAUACAUGCUUCCAAAACUGAAACCACAUUGGUUGGUAAAGACCCUUAUAAUAAUGAUACACUACAGUUAGCGGUCAAAACUUUGUUUGAUGAGAUAAUACCUGAGGAAGCGUUACCAGAACCAUCUUCAGGUUUUAGAAGAAUGUUGGCUGUUUCAUUAUACUACAAGGCCGUUUUAAGUAUGUGUCCGGAAAACAAAGUAGAUCCAAGAUAUCUAUCAGGAGGACAAGCCAUGAAGAGAAUGAUAUCCGAAGGAAACCAAAUAUUUGACACGGACAAGAGCGUGUGGCCACUGAACCAACCAGUGCCGAAGUUAGAAGCACUAGUUCAAUGUAGUGGGGAGGCGGUCUUUGCUAAUGAUCUACCGAGGCAGCAGAACGAGGUUUUUGCAGCUUUCGUCACAGCAGAUGUUGUAGCGGGAAGUGUUAUUGAAAGUUUUGAUGCUACUGCGGCACUUAAAAUCCCUGGUGUCCUGGCAUUUUAUUCAGCAAAAGAUAUACCAGGAGAUAACACUUUCACUCCAUCUAACAUCCCAUUUAUAUCAGCAGCGGAAGAAAUCCUUUGCUCUAGUAAAGUUCAAUUUUAUGGACAGCCAGCAGGUAUAAUCGUAGCUGACAGAGAAAAAACUGCCCAGAAAGCAGCCAAAGCAGUAAAAAUAGACUAUUCGUUUGUUAAUAAUGGAAAACCAUUGUUAACAAUAGACGAUGUUUUAAAAUCACCAGAAAAAAGUACAAGAGUUGUUGUUAAUAGGACUAUAGAACCUACAGAAACCGGUAAGAAUGUAAAAAGUAUAAUACAAGGAGAAUAUAGGAUGGACAGCCAGUAUCACUACCAUAUGGAAACACACACUACUGUCGCCAAACCUACGGAAGAUGGUAUGGAGGUUUACGCGGCGACUCAGUGGCUUGAUCUGACAAAUGUAGCUAUAGCGAAAUGUUUGAAGGUACCUGUGAAUAGUGUUAACGUGAUCGUCCGACGCCUAGGUGGUGCGUACGGUGCGAAGAUAACCCGUGCAUCUCAAAUCGCCUGUGCGGCUGCCUUGGUGACACACCUUCAAGGCACGACAUGCCGGUUCAUCUUGCCACUUCAGACGAAUAUGAAAUCAAUAGGCAAACGCUUACCUACGUCGUGUAACUUUGAGGCAGGUGUUGAUAAAGAAGGCACUAUACAGUAUCUUAAACUAACUUUCUACCAAGACUGCGGACACGUUUUCAACGAAGUUAUCGCACCGAUGACAGCCGAGCAUAUGCGGAGUUGCUAUGAUAUUAAAAGUUGGUGGAUUGAAGCAAACAGUGUUGCUACAGACACCCCAUCUAAUACAUGGUGCAGAGCCCCUGGUACAACCGAAGGUGUGGCGAUAAUAGAGCAUGUAAUGGAAAGAAUAGCUUACAAUUUGAACAAAGAUCCUCUUCAAGUGAGACUACUAAAUAUGGCAAAAGAAAAUCCAAUCCCUGAAAUGAUGGAUCAAUUAGGGACAAACUCAAAUUACAUGCAACGGCAAGAAGAUAUCAAGAAGUUUAAUAAAGAAAAUAGAUGGAGGAAAAGGGCGUUGAACAUGCUGCCGUUGUCUGUUGGGAUAUUUUACCUUGGAAAUUAUAAUUCAAUUGUUUCUAUUUAUCAUGGAGAUGGAUCAGUAGUUAUAAUACACGGAGGUAUAGAAAUGGGACAAGGACUGAAUACAAAGGCAGCUCAAGUUUGUGCGUACGCGCUUGGCGUUCCUCUUGAAAAAAUCAGUGUAAAACCUAGCACAAGUUUUACAUCUCCAAAUAGCAUUGUUACAGGUGGUAGCAUUGGUAGUGAAUGCGUCGCCUUUGCUACGAAGAAAGCUUGUGAUAUUUUAAUGGAACGACUUAAACCAAUCAAGGACAAAAUGGAGAAAUAUUCUUGGGAGGAUCUGAUUAAUCAGGCAUAUGGAGCUGGUCUUGAUUUGCAAGCAUCUUACAUGUACUCUUUUAACGAUGGUGUAAAACCUUAUAAUGUUUAUGCAACCUGUGCUUUAGAAGUAGAAGUUGAUUUACUAACGGGAAAUCAUGAUGUGAGGAGAGUAGAUAUUCUGGAAGAUACGGGGAGAAGUUUAAGCCCAGAAAUUGAUGUGGCACAGAUUGAAGGAGCCUUCGUCAUGGGCCUGGGUUACUGGACAUCAGAGAAGCUAGUCUACGAUAAAGAUACAGGGGAGAUUCUGACGGAUCGCACGUGGACAUACAAGCCACCGGGCAUCAAGGAUAUUCCGGCUGACAUGAGAAUAUACUUUAAGAGAGACUCUAGAAACGAGUUUGGCGUUUUGCAGUCUAAAGCGACUGGCGAACCAGCGUUAUGCCUGGCGGUGGUUGUGACGCACGCUAUACGGGACUGCGUACGCGCUGCUCGGCUGGACGCGGGCUACCAAGACCAAUGGGUGGACAUAGGUAAUCCGUGUACAGUCGAAAAUAUAUUCAUGGCAGCGGGACACAAACUGGAACAUUUCAAAUUAAAAUAAACAAAAACUACUUA